CUUUACAUUUAAUCGUUAUUAUUUUUAGAUCGUAAUGUUAAACUAGUUUAACACAAUGGAGACAAAGAAGUUUCGAAACGGAAUUUUAUGACAAACAAAACAACCGACCAGUCGUAAACUCGGGCCCUGGACUUGUGCGUUACAUCCAAAUCAAGACUUAUCCAUAAAUACAAAGUGCCAGAUUGAAUACUUGUUUGGGUUGAUGCACGUCUGUUUAAAGUUGCAGAUCUAUAUUACAGCAAAUAUGGCAGCAUAUGGGGAUGAAACACUUGAUUCGACAGUACCAGUUGAUGCUGUCGGCGGACGAAUUCUACAGCAUUGCAAACCAUGUUAUAAGGACAAGAAGACAACGCCUGCGAGCGUCUACUGUAAAAACUGCAAAGAGUUCCAAUGUUUGGAAUGUUCGUCUCAUCAUAAGCGUUACGACUUCAUGUCUGACCAUAGCAUUGUUGACCGUCAACAAGCAGAAACUGAAGAACACGUUAACAUGUUUGGGUACGACAAUUGUUUAGUGCAUGGUAUUUCUGUUGAAAUUUACUGCAAAGACCAUGACCUUUUGAUCUGCGCCAAAUGUGCUUUUUCAAACCAUAAAAAGUGUGAAAAUGCAAAACACAUUGAUGAAUUUCCGGUGGAAAAGACGAUUGAAGAAUUUAAACAUAGAUUGACAGCGUGCUGUGACAAGGCUGAAGAAUUCAUUAGUAACGUCAAUGAAAUCGGCAUCAAAGAAAAGGAUGAAGCUAAAGCAAAGGCUGAUAAAAUGAAAUCGGACUUUUGUGAUAAGAUGGAUAAAAGUUUAGCAGAAUUUCUAAUUGAAAUUGAUUCUGCGGCAAAAAGCGCCAAAUCGUCUAUGCUACCCCAAGUGUCUGGAGUUUCGAAUAUACACGAUGAGUUAAAUAUGUGGGUAAAUAGUUUGAAUAAUGCAUCCAAACAAGGUUUAUCGGAUAAAUGUUACAUUCUCAGUAAAUCGCUUGAAACCAAACUGAAAGAAAACGAAGAAUUUCUGAAACAUCAGUACUCAGACAAUAUGUCUAUACAUACCGAACAUACAUUUGUGUUCAAGUGGAAUGGAAUUCAACAGAAUACUGAUGUAGCAGUCCAGGCAAAUGGUUCUGACUUUCUACAUCUAGAGGAUGACAACCCGAAAGCAAUGGACACAAAAACAGUUUCAAUGAAUAGAAAAACUACCUAUUCUUCAAGCAAUGCUUAUUUCAGUGGCAUAGAUUUCCUCAAAGAUGGAAGGCUGGUGGCUGUUGAUAAUCGAAACAAAAAAUGUUUAAUAUUAUGUGAAAAUCUACAGGUUCUUGGAAAACCAUUUACAUUUUUUACACAACCACUUGACGUAUGUGCUUAUAAUGAUCACCAAAUUGCAGUAACAACUGGUGCUCAAGUUUACUUUUUAAAAGUCGACCGACUUAACAAUAUCAUGCUUACACGGAAAGUUUCGACUUCAGCUGCAUAUUUUGCUAUUUCUAGAUUCAACUGCUCAAUGUUUCUCUGUAGCAUAUUUGAAAAUACCAAAGUUCCAGUGCGUGUUGUGGACUUCGAAGGGAAAGAGACAGAUUUUAUUGACACACUUUGCCCUAUUGCUGAAUUUCAAAUAGGAGAUAGUUUUACUACGUACGCAGAGCUUCUAGGAAUAAUUAUAUUGACAGAUUUUAAAUCAAACAAAGUAUAUAUGUUUAACACACAUACAGGCGAAAAAAUUAUUGUAGACGAUAAAAGGAUACAAGGCCCACGACAAGUCUGCAUGGCGCCUGAUGAUACAGUAUUCGUUUGUUGUGACAUUAACAGUUCUAUUUGCCGAUUUACCCUUGAUGGUCAGGUUUUACAGGCAUUUACUGUACCAAGAAAUAGUUUCAGUGCGAUACGUAUAUCACAGGACGGGACAAAACUAGUAAUAUCAAGAGGAAGUGAGCCCGAACCAUCCAUCCAACUGUAUGAACUUACUUAUACACUUAACAAAUAGGAAUUGUGAGCAUAGUAUCAAUAUACUGUGUUGUUUUAAAUAGUAUGUUAUAAAACAAAUGUUAAAAAACGAGCUUCAAUGUAGUGAAUCAAUUCGUGUUCAAUAAACAUAUAAUUACACCUUAAAUUUGUUGUUUAAUGCAUUUUCAUAUAUAACAUAUAUCAGAAAUAUUUUUUGUUUCAAUGUUUAUAACAAAUUAUGACCACUCAUCUGGUGGCACGCUAAAAUUGAAUACGCAUCAAAAAAUACCCACUUACAGAGAAU